AUGCAGUUAACAGCUUACGAAAAUAUUACCCAAGAGAAUAUUAUCUUUAAUGAAGCCAAAGAGUACAAAGUCAAAGAUAGCAAGAUUAAAUACAAACGUAUUCCAAUUGAAGUCAAAUAUCCAAAUAACAAAAAAGGACCACUUGUAGUUGAAUCUCCAGUUCUUUUUAGUUUUGGUGUUAAUGAAAAGAAAAAUCAAGAAACAGGUAAAUUAGUUGGUUAUAGUAUUCCAGUAUGUCUUUGGUCUAAAGAUAGUGAACCUAGUAAUAAAGAAAAAGCAUUUUUUGAUGUUAUUAAUAAUGUAACAACUCUAUCUCAGCAACAUUUAGAGAAUGAAUAUGGACCAGAUUUAGCAUCAUCUCUAUCUUCACCAUUUUACUAUAAACAAAUAGAAUACACAGACAAGAAAGGAAAAAAGAGAACAAAAGUUGAUGAAUCAUCAGCGCCAGUUCUUUACGCAAAACUUAUUUACUCUGAGAAAUCAAAGAAAAUUCUUUCACUAUUUAAAACAAAAGGAAAGAAGGAUUUAAAUCCUUUCAAAUAUAUUAAUCAAUACUGCAAUGUUAAAAUGGCACUAAUAAUUGAAGGAAUAUUUAUUAGUAAGACUGUUACAUCUUUACAAAUAAAAGUACAUGAGUGCUAUAUCAAACCAUUAAAACCUAGGGAGUCUUUACUAACAAUUGAAGAGGAAGAUGAAGAGCAAAGCGAUAUUGAAGAGAUAACUGAUCAAGUAGUUGAAGACUUAAUUUUAUCUGAUAAAGAAGAAGAUGAGUAA